GUCCCCGUUCAAUACGACGCUGACGUCAUGCUGUCGUUGUAGCUGGUGUCUUUCGCCUGCGACAGGUUCGCCGUGGCUUGGAGCAGCCACCACUUAGUCGUUGACGGGUGUGCGCUGUCAAUGAUCGCCAACGCGUGGUCCGAGCUCGCGCGGUCCGGGACGAUAGCCGCCACGCCGAACCUCGACCGCUCGGUGUUCCGCCCGUGCGCACCGCCGACCUACAGCAGUUCGGUGGGGGAGUUGUUCAUGCCGCUGGAGGGUGAGCGUCUUGUCAACUCCCUGACGGCUAGUACCUCCAAGGUCGGGCGCACCUACUACGUCGAGGAGCAGGACCUCGCCAUGCUUCGCGCCCAGGCGGGCGGCGGCCGCGCAACCCUUCUGGAAGCGGUGUGUGCGUACAUGUGGAAGGUGUUCGCCGCUGUGGUGGGCUCAUCCGACGAGAAAUGCCGCAUGGGCUGGUGGGUUGACGGGCGCAGGCGCCGGCGUCUCAACACCACCGCCCCGGCGGCCAUGCGCAACUACGUCGGCAACGUCAUAACGUUCGCGGUGGCGGAGGCGAGCGUGGAAGGGAUCAGGCGGUUGCCGCUCCCGGGAGUCGCGUCGAUGGUGCGUGAGUCAAUCAAGUUGGCAGUUAACGACGAGCACUUCCAGGAGCUGGUGGACUGGGUGGAGGAGCACAAGGGUGCGGCGAAGUACGUCGAGACGGCGACUGUCGGGGUGGGCAGCCCGGUGCUGAGCGUCUCGUCGCUGGCGUCGUUUCGUCUCGACACUGACUUCGGUUUCGGGCGAGCCAGCUUGGUGAUGUGGCUGGAUGAGAUGGAGGUGGAGAAGGAGGAGGAGAAGGAGAUGGACUGGGGGAGGUUGAGCUCCGGCUUCGUGAAGAUCGUCGCGCGCCCCGGCGGCUCCUGCUGGUUCUUCGGCAUGUCCAUUUGGCCGAGCCUUGCCGCCGCCUUCGACUCCGACGAGCAGCACAUCUUCAAGCCUCUAACCGCGGAGUACCUCGGCCUCGUGGCGGGAGCAAAAAAUAGUAGAGCCAGCCGGCUCUGA